GCCCCUUGGGUUUUUACUUCUGAGAAGUUAUGGGAAGUUCUGCAUUUUACUUCUGCUAUCCACUGGUGUUUUACACUAUGAGCCAAUAAUCAGGCAGACACUCUUUUGUUCAGCACACUAAAUACCUGAAGGUUGGAAAAUGUUCCCAGUAAACGACCAAACAACCAGUUGGGAGUUUUGUGACCUGUCAGGACAGAAGCGCAAGUUCCUUCCUCAGGAUGUUCCAGUACAUACUAGAAGUAUGGAUUUGCAGAGGAACAAACUGAAACGGGUCACCGGCAUCUCCAGAUUCCCCUUCCUCGUUCAGCUGAAUCUUUCAAGGAACAAGAUAAUGGAGUUUCCUCAUGAACUGAUCAACCUGCAGAAACUUGAGGAACUCUACUUGAACCAGAACAACAUCAGACACAUCCCAGAGGGAAUCUUUCCAAAUCUCAGGAGGUUGAAGUUCCUCAAACUCAGCACCAAUCGCCUUACCAAGCUUCCUUCAGACAUAAACCAAGGCACCUGUAUCACUUACUUGGAUCUUUCCAAGAAUUGCCUGAAAGACAUCCAACCGCUCGUUGGUCUAACAAAAUUGAAGGAGCUUUUUGUUAAGAAGAACGAACUGACCGAGCUCCCGUCCCAGCUCUUUCACAAUGGUACCUGUGAGCUGACCGUGUGCAAAGCCAUGGGAAACCCACUGAGGUGCCCACCAGAGGAAGUCUGCGCUGGAGGGGUCAUGGACAUCCAGAGCUACUUCCAACAUAUGGAUGAAAACCCUAACACACGCAGUGCCUGGACAGUCAAGACCAUGUUCCUGGGCUGCUCUAUGGCAGGGAAGUCCACACUUUGCCGCAGCCUGAGGGAGGGCAAGCCUGUGGCCAUAGCAGUGGAGGACCGGACUGAAGGAAUAGAAAUCAGUCAACUCUACGCUGAGGGAAUCCGCUUCCUUUUCUGGGACUUUGCUGGGCAGGAAGAGUACUACCUGACUCACCAUGUCUUCAUCACGCCACGAGCCCUUGUCAUCCUCACUGUUGAUUUAGCCAGCUACAGCAUUGUAGACCCACAGUCCUUCAACGACCAACUUUGGUUUUGGAUAAACAACAUACAGUUGCGUGUGCCAGACUCGGUGGUCCUGCUGGUGGGGACACACUGUGACCAGUGCACAGACCAGGAGGAGGUGAUGGAGAAGAAGAAAGACAUUGAGGAGAAGGUGAACAGCAGGUUGGCAAACAGGAGGACAGUUUUAAAACAACAGAAGAGAAAUCUGGAAGAAAACGCAAACCCCUCUCUCUUCACAGACCAGCUUGAUGAGCUGGAUUGCCUUUUGGAAUACAAUUUGAAGGUUCUGGAUCUUAUAACCAUCGACUGCACAAAGAUGGAGGAUAUUGGAAAGCUCAGGAGUCAUGUUUUGACGUGCAUUCAGUCAGAGAGUGUGUUUCUUUGUUCUGGGUGUAUUUUACCAAAAAGUUAUGAAACAGUGUCGCAGGCCAUUCAUACUCUUGUUGCUCUGCAGAAAAUCCCCCAGCAUGGUAUUAUACAACUUGAAGAACUGCGUGAUUUGAUUCUAAACCAUGUUAAAUUGAGCAGUGAGAGCCUCAAGACCAUCCUGCAAUCCCUCCUGCGAUAUCUGCAUCGGAUUGGAGUGAUCAUCUGGUACGAAGACAUCAGUGUGCUCAGCGACAGAGUGUUUAUUCAGCCCUCAUUCCUCAUCUCCAUGUUCAAGACCAUUGUGAGACACGACCUGGUGCAGCAGCUGGAGGGAGUCUCCAGAGACCUUCUCAUGCAGGAAGGUGCUCUGGUUAAAGAGAAGUUCACCUGGGUGGACGACCUGAGGUGCAGAGGCACCCUGCACAACGCAGCCAUGCGCAUCUUGGUCCGCCGAGCGAUAGAGAAACUGAUCAAGGAUGACGACGACUUGGUUGAAGAGGUGGUGGGAACCAAAAGAGAGGAAGGCAUUAUUCUCACCCUGCUGCAGCAUUUUGAGGUCUGCCUCCCCACACUUGUUGGAGGAGGCCUGAACCCACAUGCACCAGUGUUCACCCCUAGUGAGAAACAGUGGAAGUCAGCUAGUGAGGCCAAGAGAGAUCCAAAUGGAGCCUGUCUGUUCCCCAUCUACCUGCAGGAUGAGCUCAUAGUGUGCCAAAAGUGGGGUGAGAACAGACAGGAUGACCUCAGUGUUCAUGUGUACUUCCUACCUGAGAUUCCACACGGCUUCUUUCACAGAGUGAUCGUCAAGACGUGCUCCUUGUACCAGACUCAUUGGGUGGGAAGGGAGCAGUGUCUCCUCUGCUGUGGAAACAGACUGUGUCUGGUGAGACAGAAGAAGAGAGAUGAAGAUCCCUUCAUAGAGAUACGCUGCAGGAGACCUGAGAAAGACGAGGAGUUUCGGCAGUUGUGGGAUCUGAUCUUGGCCGUGAUUUCCAAGCUGUUUGUGCUGUCCAGGCAGUGGCCAGGCCUGACUCAGCAGAUACACACACCCUGUCCAGAGACAGGCUGUCCGCAUUACUUCACCUGGAGGGACUGGCAGGAGCUCAACAACGCUGACUUCUACAACCUGGUGAAGGGGGAGAAAUUGGUGUGUAAAGGAGGACAUACAAGAAGAACAGAACUGCUUUUCCCAAAAGAUAAACACAUGUCUCUUUAAAGGAACAGUUCAUCUUUAAGGAUCAUACAAAAUGUGUUGCGAUAAGAAAUGUCAAGAAAACACAACAUCUCUCUCUCUCUCACUUUAUCAUCAGCAUCGCACAACAAAUUCAACCUAUUAUGUUCCAUUGUCUUCAAGUCCUGUACAAAAUAUCACAAUUGAUUGAUUAUUAUGACAGGCUACCAUUUAGGAUCAGUCACAGUACAUUUUGAGAUAAGAUUAAAGAAGAGAGGGUUUCUGAAAAUGUAGAGAUUUUACUGCAAAAACAUUUUUCCGGCAUGGCCUGAAGGGGGCGAUAGAAACGUAAGAAGUGAAGCUGAAUUUGAAGCUGAUAAUCUGAUUUUUAAGUUUACCCAGUGUAUUAAAUUCACUUGCAGUGUGAAUUAACAGACGAUGUGAGAUUAACAAAUACAAAAUAUGUCAAUGAAGCAUUUCUUGGAUUAAUUUCUGGGGUUAUGAAGGGAAAGAUGAGGAUAAAACAGAUAAAGGCACAAAGGCAUCUGGGAUGCAAUACAAAAACAAAGCAGAAAAGGGAAGAUAAGAAUAAGAAAGAAUAGUUAAUGUAAAGUUUAGGAGCUUAACAUAAAGACAGAAGGAAGAAUGAUUUGUGUGUUUUUGUCUUUUCCUGCUACACUGUCAUGUCAUCGCUUCUCAAACUUCCUCUAUGGCAGUAAAACAUGAGGUUGUUUUUCUGUGUACAGUGUCGCCCUCUGCUGGAUUCUUACUGUCAUUACAACUGCUCUAAAUUCUCAUUCAGAAACACAAGUAUUCUGUCUCUAAAGGGAAUGCUAUUAUUUUUUGUAAUAUUUGUUUUAAUUUGACAGCUAUUGUAUCACUAUAGCUGGUUUUCUCUGGGGAUUAUAAAAUGACUGUUUGUACUUAACCUGCAUUUUAAACCGCACCUGUCACCUGCAGACCAGUUAUUCAGUUUUAUUAAAUAAAUAAGAUCAGAUACUAAACUCAUGAUACUGAUUUCUGAUAACCAGUGUUCUGCCACUUGUAUCCUUCUCUGUAUUUCUCAUCUCUUUAUUUUCAUUAUCGCGCUCUGCUCUCUGUGGGAUUGCCUGCUGCCUUCAUGGUCUCCUUGUAAAGUCCAGCUUCUAAUUACUCACACUGAAUGUUUCCCCAUGUUGGAGGAUGGUUUACUUUUUAUGUUGUUGAUGUCUUGUUGAAAAUGAUAUGUUCAAAAUUUGAUCAUACCAUCAAUUAAAAAUAAAUAAAAAGUAAAUAUCA